CCCUUCCCUUCAUAGAACACAGCUCUUCUCUAUUCUCUUCUCUUCUCAAUAAGAAAAGGGUUUUGUUUUGUUGAAACAAGAAAAAGGUUUUAAAGUAAAAAAAAAAAAAAAAAAAGUCCGUAAAGAGACUUCCUUCCCCCCUUCUUGACCCAUCUUCAUCUUUACUGUUCCAAUUCAUUUCGUCAGAUCUCAUCUUGUUUUUGUUUUUAAAUCUUGUGAAUUCAAUUCUAUCUGGUUUCAGAUCUCCCUAAGUCCUGAUUUCGAUCCAUUUUUGGAGUCUGUAUUAGAUUACAAAACAAGAUUUUGAGCAAAUAAGGGCUUCCUGUUCCAGAUGGGCUCUCCACAGACCCCUGAACCGAGGUUUGUGGGUUGAGUAGUUGUAGUUUUGAGAGAUGGAAGAGGUAGGUGCACAAGUCUCCCCUCCGAUCUUUAUCCAUCAAACUCUUGGGGGGGAUCGAUUCCGUGAGGCAAAUCCCAUGGCAACCAAGCGUAGUCUACCAUUUCAUGCCCCUAAUUUUCAGCAGCAGCAACCCGGGUUGACCUCCGGGUACAACUGGAACGCCAAGGACUGGGUUUGGGAUAGUGUCAGCUUCAUUGCCAAACCAAUGGAAUCUGAUGUAUUAUCUCUUGCUACUGCAACACCGGUCCAGCCCCAGUCGCGACCCGGGCAACACAGAAAAAGUGACAGGGAAGGGAGUGGGCUUCCCACGUUAUUGAAGAAGAACCCUGUCAAUGAAGAUGAUGAAAGCCUUCGGUUGAAGCUUGGUGCCGGCUUGAAUUCUUUUGAGGAGAGUGUGUCAAGGCCCAAUAAGAGAGUCCGAUCUGGAUCUCCCGGCAGUGGUGGUGGUGGCAGUGGCAGUGGCAGCUAUCCAAUGUGUCAAGUUGAUAACUGCAGGGAAGAUCUGUCAAAUGCUAAAGAUUAUCACCGGCGACAUAAAGUGUGUGAGGUUCACAGCAAGUCAAGUAAAGCCUUAGUGGGAAAAGAGAUGCAAAGGUUCUGCCAACAGUGCAGCAGGUUUCAUCCUCUUACUGAGUUUGAUGAGGGAAAGCGAAGUUGUAGGCGUAGACUCGCUGGACACAACCGUCGAAGGAGGAAAACUCAGACAGAGGAUGUGUCCUCAAGCAUGUUACUCCCUGCAAACCAUGAUACCUCAGGAAAUGGAGAUUUAGACAUUGUUAAUUUGCUAACAGUUUUGGCUCAUGCACAAGGGAACAAAGAGGUCAAAAGCUCUAAUGGCUCAUCGCUACCUAACAAAGAUCAACUCAUUCAGAUUCUUAGUAAGAUAAAUUCAUUACCUUUGCCAGUGGAAUUUGAAGCAAAGUUACCCCCUGUGUCAGGAAGUUCAAGUAGAAUGACCAUUCCUGAACAAGCUUCUUCAGAUAAUCAGAGCAGCAGAUUGAAUGGAAACACGACUUCUCCAUCUACCAAGGACUUACUUACUGUUCUUUCUACUACCCUGGCAGAAUCUAGUCCUGAUGCCCUUGCAAUUCUCUCUCAAAGAAGCAGCCAGGGCGCUGAUGUGGAUGAAACUAAACUUGCUUGUUUGGACCAAGCAUUAAGUCUUAAUAUGCUAAAGGGAGCAUCUCUCGAGUUUCCUUCAGUUGGAGGAGAGAGAAGUAGUACAAGUUCCCAGUCCCCUGUUGAUUAUUCAGAUAGCCAAAUCCAAGAAACUAGAGCACAUUUACCUUUACAGCUCAUUAGUUCCUCACCUGAAGAUGAUAGCCUCCCAAAACUGGCAAGUGCCAGAAAAUACUUCUCUUCUACCAGCAGUAAUCCCACAGAUGAGACAUCACCUUUAUCUUCUCCACCUGUUGUGCAAAAACUGUUUCCAAUGCAGACCACGAGGGAAACUGAGCCUGCGAGGAUCACAACCAAUGGAGAAGUUAAUAAAAAUGUUGAAACCAGUAAUGCCCGUGGUUGUGUUACAUCGCUUGAGCUUUUUGGACGGUCAAACAUAAGUGCCAAUAACGGUUCAUUUAAAAGCUUUCCAUACAAAGCAGGGUACACAUCCUCAUCUGGGUCUGAUCAGUCACCUUCUAGUUCAAAUUCUGAUGCUCAGGAUCGCACUGGAAGGAUUAUUUUCAAACUAUUUGGCAAGAAUCCGAGCCAAUUUCCAGAAUCAUUGCGAACAGAGAUCUACAAUUGGCUAUCUCACAGCCCAUCAGAAAUGGAGAGUUAUAUUAGGCCUGGCUGUGUGGUUCUAUCCAUUUACUUAUCAAUGCCAUCUUCUGCUUGGGGGCAACUUGAAGAAAACCUUCUUCGGCAUAUCAAUUCUUUAAUUCGAGACUCUGAUACUGACUUUUGGAGAGAUGGAAGGUUUUUAGUUCAUACAGGCAGGCGGUUAGCUUCUUAUAAAGAUGGAGAGACUUGCCACUGCAAAUCCUGGAAAGCAUGGCGUUCCCCUGAGUUGAUCUCAGUGUCCCCUCUGGCAAUUGUUGGUGGGGAGGAGACCUCUCUUUUUUUGAGGGGGCGAAAUCUGAAUAUUCCUGGCACCAAAAUUCACUGCACGCAUAUGGGUGGUUACUUAUCAAAAGAAGUUCCAGGAUCAUCCGGUAGGGAAACUUUAUAUGGCGAGAUAAGCGUGGUCAAUUUUAAAGUUCAUGGGGUGGCUCCUGGUGUACUUGGUCGCUGUUUCAUUGAGGUUGAGAAUGGUUUUAAAGGCACCAGUUUUCCUGUAAUUAUAGCUGAUGCUACCAUAUGUCAGGAAUUGAGACUCCUUGAGUCUGAAUUUAAUGAAGGUGCAAAAGUAUAUGAUACUAUUUCAGAGGACCAAAUUCAUGAUUUAGGGAAACCCCGGUCAAAGGAAGAAGUCCUGCACUUCUUAAAUGAGCUAGGAUGGCUAUUCCAAAGGAAGAGAAACUCUUCAGCAAUUGAAGUUCGUGAUUAUACACUUGCUCGGUUCAAAUUUUUAUUCAUAUUCUCAGUUGAAAGGGACUGUUGUGCCUUGGUCAAAACCCUCCUAGACAUACUUUUUGAAAGAUAUUUGGAAAGGGUGGAGCCAUCAAGAGAGUCUUUGGAGAUGCUAUCAGAGAUUCACCUCUUGAAUAGGGCAGUGAAAAGAAGGUGUAGGAACAUGGUUGACUUACUCAUUCAUUAUUCUGUACUCAGUGGUAAUGAUACUUCCAAGUACAUUUUCCCUCCAAAUCUUGUUGGACCUGGCGGUGUUACACCUCUACAUCAAGCUGCUUGUACAUCUAGUUCUGAUGUUAUGGUUGAUGCUCUGACAAAUGAUCCUCAGGAGAUUGGGUUGUGCUGCUGGACCUCCCUUCUGGAUGCAAAUGGGUUGUCUCCAUAUGCAUAUGCCUUGACAAGGAAUAAUCACUCUUAUAACAGGCUGGUAGCUCAUAAGCUUGCUGACAGAAGAAAUAGUCAAGUUUCUGUAUCAAUUGGAAAUGAGAUAGACCAACAAAGGCUGGGAGCGAGUUUGGACCACCGUCAAAGGUCCCAAUUCAAGCAAGGGCCAAGUUCUUGUUCCAAGUGUGCAGUUGUGGCUUCAAGAUACAGCAGGAGAAUGCCUGGUUCCCGAGGCUUCAUUCACCUACCAUUCAUGCAUUCAAUGCUUGCCAUUGCUGCUGUCUGUGUAUGUGUCUGCCUGUUUUUGCGAGGCCGCCCGGACGUUGGUUUGGUUGCACCUUUUGAGUGGGAGAGUUUGGGUUGUGGCUCAAGUUAGUUGGAAGGGGUGAAAAUAACUAGAUGUCUAUUUUGGUGAAGCAGAAUUAAGGAAUUAUUAUUAAUUUUCUGGGGAGCAAGAGAUCAGUUGCCAGAUGCCAGGAAGGUGGAGACCUUUGGUGUGGGGUGCUGGAUAUUUAUUUCUUCCGUAACAUGAGCUUUGGUAUCUUUUUUGGGUUCGGCUGUCUUUCAUCCGCUUGUUCUCGAGAACAGAUUGGUUUUAUUGGAUAUAGGAAACUUCCAGCCGUGAAAACCUUGUUAGGAGUGUAACAUACGGGAUGAAACAAGAGGGCAUAGAAAAGACUAAAGCAAUCAUAUUAAAGUGAAACAUCGGAAGGCCCAGAUUAAAGAUAGCAGAAAAAGAGAGUAAGCAAUCGCACUCCUUUUAUAGUGUUCUUGUAUUUUUUUUCUAGUUGAUUUUGGUGUGGUCAUUUUCCUUUCUUGAUUUGUUUGAUUUCCAUGAAUACUGUAGAGAGUAGAGAAAUACUGACUUUGGACCAAAAUCAUCACUGUAAAAUAGAAGUCAAUCAGUAGGAUCAUUUAGGGGAUUGUGAUAUUUUAUGUAGUUGAAUAGUGAAAUAUUUGUUCAAGUAUAUUUAAAUUCACAGAUACGAGUAAUGAAUCUUUCAUAUUUUGCGCCAAA